AUGACGGAGAAAGCGCGCUGGAAGGUUGUAGGCGGCGGGGACAAGGGUGGAAUUCUCGUUCGUGAGAAGAAGGAGACCAGCUCGGAGCAGCUUGACGCCAGACUUGCCACCCAUGCAGUUGUGGAGGAGCUGCAGCUUUCGGGCGAGCGUCUCAACUUCCGAAAACUUGAGGGGGAGGGCCCUGAGACUGGCUGGGUAAGCAUCAGGCUAAAGGGCAAAGAGCUCCUGGUUCCCCUGGACGCAGAGAAUGUGGUAGCCAGGAAGCCUGCAGCUACCUCAAAAAGUUUGAAGCGGCCAUAUGCCAUCGCUGUGGUGGGUGCCACGGGCUUCACAGGACGUCUGAUGGUCGAACAUCUGGACGCUCUCUUUACCGGCGGACACGCCAAAGAAAGCUCGAAAACCUGGGUCAUCGCCGGUCGGAACCUGAAAAGGUUGCAGGCUUUGGCUUCUUCUUGCUCAACUGUACCAGAGGUGCUCGUGGCGGACAGUGAAGCUUCUCUGGAAGAGGUUGCCCGCCAAUGCAUUGUCCUUGUCGCGGCCGCAGGCCCGUUCUCCCAAUGUGGGGAAAUGGUGCUCCGUGCCUGCGUGAAGAACCACACGCACUACGUCGACAUUACUGGUGAGACGAUUUGGAUGCACGACAUGCUGGACCGUUAUCACGAGGAGGCGAGGCAGAAAGGCCUCCUUCUCGUUCAGGCAGCAGCACAGGUCUGUGCGAUUGAUGACAUCAACUGUUACCUUUUGGCAAAGAAGCUGGGGCCGUUGAAGCAGUUUCGUGAAUACUUCUUCAGUUACGGUGGGAUGACAGGAGGGACCUUUGCCAGCAACACUGCAUUCAUGGAGGGGAUGACAGCGGAGAAGCUGAAGGUCUACAACGAUCCAUUCAACCUCGGAGGCCAGCGAUCCGGAGGUGUGCAGCCCGAGGAUCAUGAUUGCUCCGAGACUGCGCAGGAUCCCAUCUACCCCUCCCUAUGGUUGCAGCCGGCAUACAACGGACACACUGGGGGCCGUGUUAUUCGGCGCAGCUGCCAGCUGUUUGAAGACUUUGGAGGCGAUUCCGCUGCACGUUAUGGAAAAGAUCUGCGUGUCAUCAUCCGCGAUGCGGCCACGAGCAAGCGUGCGGGCGAGAAGGCCACCGAGGCGAUGGCCCCAAUCCGCAGCAUAGAGGCUGCGAAGUUUGCCGCAGGCCUCAUGAAGAUGCAAGUGGCUCAGGGUCAGAUGCCCAAGCCUGGAGAAGGGCCCCCACCAGAGACGCGAGCCCAAUUUUAUUCCGAGGUUUUUGCUGUCGGGGAGGCCGAAGAUGGGAGGUGGGCCCAUGUUCACUACACGGGAGGGGAAGCCUAUGAGGUGACAGCCAUGGCUGCUGUCACUGGUGCUCUGGUGAUCGUGGAGGAAGAGGAAGCCAUGCAACCCUUGAGGCGUGGAGGCAUUCUGACUCCAGCUUUCGCUUUUCACGGCACGACCUACGUACAUCGCUUGGCGGCCUGCGCUUUUGCGGUGAAGACUGGCAGGCGGAUGACCUUCAAGCUCUCAGAUGGCAAGCCUGGCGAGGAGGUCCUGAAGGAAGCGACCAUGCGCAAAACCAAGAGUGCCUGGCAGGGCCAGGCUGAGAUGAGCACAGGGAAGCUGCGAGCCUGGGCGUAA